AUGUCGGGAGUAGGAGACAAGAUCAACGGUGCGAUCCAGAUGGUCCAAGGUAUCGGCGACCAGAUCCGCGGCUCGCUCAUGGAGACGCUCGACACCUCCCUCUCCUCCAUCUCCAACUCCUCCAAUGACCCCAACGCCAGCCAAACACAGACGCACUCAUCAAGCCGCAACGCGGAGCUGUGGAACAAGGGCAAGGAGGAGUACCGCCAGGGCCGCGCAAAGGUCGCCGGCGUGCCCGCGGCGGUCGGGGAUGGGGUACAGCCUGAGAAGGAAGGGGCGUCGGUGGGAGGGGAGGGGAGUGAGAGCGAGCGGCCACCCAUCAACCCGCACGAGGCGGGGCAGGUGGGCCAUGGCGACCGGAGCGUCGGGGUUGUACCAGGCGGCGGGAGGGUCUUGCACCCGGACGCGUGA